AUGGCAUGCACGGUUGGGACAUGUUGGUUAUCACAAGUUGAAGGUAAUAAUGGAGAAUCCAUGCUCAAUGGCUUACCUCAACUUGAAGUUAAAACAGAUGUUGUUUGUGCUGGAUGUAAGUAUUGUAAAGCUCAUCAAUUACCAUACAAGGAGUCAAAUUUUAGAGCAAAGAAGCCACUAGAGUUAAUUCACUCAGAUGUGUUCGGUCCAGUCAAGCAGACAUCAGUUAGUGGGAUGCGGUACAUGGUGAAGUUCAUUGAUGAUUAUUCGAGAUAUGUGUGGGUUUUCUUCAUGAAAGAAAAAUCCGAAACAUUCUCAAAGUUUCUAGAAUUCAAGACAACGGUCGAAGGAGAAAAAAUAAUGGAGAAACCUACAGCAACACUUCUAUAUUCCCUACUUAAAGAUGGCGAAAAACGACCCCUUGAAGACAUAAUUACCGAUUUCUCCCUAAAAAUCCCUAAAUCAUUUCACAAAGAAAUCUGUUCAGCACUUGGCCCACCAUGCCUCCCGGUGCUAUCCUUUGAGCUCGUUUGGGUCAACCCCAUUAACCGAGAUGCAGACGCAGACGCAACCCACAAACCGCUUUGGGACACCGUGAUGUGUACGGACACAAUCCACGGUGCAGCGGUUGGUGACGGAAUUUCAAAAUGCGUAAAAGGUCUGUCAGAAGAAGAAGAAGAGUUGGUGGAGUUAACUGCGGCCCCACCACGAUCGUGGUAUUCCGGUUUAACCCCUAGGAAGCUUCUGGGACUUGUGGAGAGUAAUCCUUUGUUAGCGGCUGAGGUUUUGAUAAAACUAAUCGAGGGUCCUAAAAUAUCGGAGUAUUUGACGGCUUUAUUGAAUAUGGAUAUGAGUGUGCAGUCAAUGGAGGUGGUGACCCGGUUGACUUUGGCGGUGGAACUGCCGACUGAGUUUGUACACAUGUACAUAAGUACGUGUAUGUCGAGUUGUAGGAAUAUUAAGGAUAAGAACGUGCAGAAUCGGAUGGUGAGAUUGAUGUGUGUGUUGUUGAUGAGUUUGAUUCGGAACAAGAUUAUUAAUGAUGAGGAUUUGUUGAUUGAGGUUCGGGCGUUUUGUAAGGAGUUUUCGAGGGUUAAGGAGGUUGCGGGGUUGUUUAGGGUACUUAAGGCUUUGUAA